GCCGGAGCCUCAGCCCGGGAAGAAGAUGUGGGCUGUACUAAGUUACCUUGGCUCUCGGGGAGGCGCAGGCUCAGCAGGGCGGACUCUUACUGCCUCAUCUUUGUCUCCGGGAGUUUACACCCUCAGUCAGAAUUGUUUUUACCGCACGGGCAGAAGACUAGGCCCCGGGAAGCCGCCCUCCGCUGGAGCAGCAGGGGUCUCCGCUGCAGGCCGCAGCACCUGCCCACCCGCAGGCCAGGUGUGCGCCCGCGCCAAGCUGUAGCAUCGGGGGCGGGCGGGCGGAGCUGGGCCCUGAGCUCAGGCCGAGCGGCCGAUGCCCCAGGCUGAAGGGUGAGGCGAAGAGGUGGGACUGGGUCCCUGCAGGGCCGGGGCGACUGGGGGGGCGUCGCCGCGAUGCCGGAGGAAAAUAUCUUCCUGUUCGUGCCUAACCUCAUCGGUUAUGCCCGGAUUGUCUUCGCCAUCAUUUCCUUCUACUUCAUGCCCCACUGCCCCUUCACGGCCUCCUUUUUCUAUCUGCUCAGCGGGCUUCUGGACGCUUUCGAUGGACACGCUGCCCGAGCCCUUAAUCAAGGAACCCGGUUUGGGGCCAUGCUGGACAUGCUGACGGAUCGCUGCGCUACCAUGUGUCUCUUGGUCAACCUGGCUCUGCUAUACCCUCGAGCCACCCUUCUCUUCCAGCUCAGCAUGAGCUUGGAUGUGGCCAGUCACUGGCUGCACCUGCACAGUUCUGUGGUUCGAGGCAGUGAGAGUCAUAAGAUGAUUGACCUGUCUGGGAAUCCCGUGCUUCAGAUCUACUACACCUCUAGGCCUGCUCUGUUCACCCUCUGUGCUGGGAAUGAGCUCUUCUACUGCCUCCUGUACCUGUUCAAUUUCUCCGAGGGACCACUAGUUGGCUCUGUGGGGCUUUUCCGAAUGGGCCUCUGGAUCACAGCCCCGAUUGCCUUGCUCAAGUCUAUCAUCAGUGUCAUCCACCUCGUCACAGCUGCACGCAACAUGGCUGCCCUGGAUGCAGCAGAUCGUGCCAAGAAGAAGUGAUCCUCUCCAGACCCCAGCUGCCAGCUGCCACCUGCCCUGGGUGUCUCAUUGUGCUACAUGGCUCCUCUCCUCCUAGGAGGCCCCAGUAUCUUAUCUUUUUCAUGUGUUCUCCAACCUUGUUAGGAUGGGGGUCUGCCUCUGUCAGUAUUGUCUCAUCUCUCUAAUCCUGAGGACCAGACCUACAUCUUAGACCUCAAGGACCUGGCACUGCAAAGCAGGAAAGGGUGCUCAGAGGCCCCACCUAUCUAGCUGGUGCUCCAGGAGGCCUGUCUGAGAACUGAGCGUUGCCACACAUCCUGCUGGCUCAGCCCUGGCCUGAGAUUUUAGGGACACAUGAGGGAGGGUAAUGUGUAGGUGCCAGUGUUCCCAAAGGCCAGGGGAGUCAGACCCCUACCCUUGACCAGAGGAAGCCUGGGCAACAGACCUGGGAGGGAAGGGGCCAGCUAGAUCCUUCCCUAUGGAAGUCUCCUCUAUCCUGUCACCUCUAGCUCUGGAAGCUUCUACAAUAAAGGAGGGCGCUUCACUCUUCUUGGACUCUGUUUACUUUGAGACAUUCUUAGAUGCAGGCCUAGGGUUAAAGAGAGCUGGAAAAAAAGCAAGGUCCACUUGGAUACUUUUUCUGCGGUAGCUGGCUGGCUCCCCAGUCAUUCCACAGCCACUAGAGAGAGGCCAUGUCUUCUCUUCGAGUCAUGAGCAUCCUCCGCCACCUGCUUUAUGCCCCUGGCUGGCCACUUUCAUUUUUACCCUUGAUAUUUUCUGUCCCCACUAGAAUGUAAAUUCCAUGAGAGCAGACAUUUCUCCUUCCUGUCUCUUUGCCUAGAGUGAAAACAAGCCUGGCAUAUGGUAACUGCGUAAUAAAUAGUCCUGAAAAGA